AAGUGCUUUACACCACAUUCAGUCAUCCACACAUUCACACACAUAUAUACUGCACUAGUGCGCUGCACUAGUCAGCAAUGAUAAGAGAAAAAAGGAAGGUCCCAUUUUAACCAUACACAGCAGGUUUAUUGACAUUCUAGUAAAUAAGAAAAGUUUAUUUAUAGAGCACUUUUUACAGGCAAAAAAAUCACAAAGUGCUGUACAAAUCACAAUUAUUAAAAUAGCCAGCACUGCAUCAUUUAGAUAAGAAGUUUUUGGCUCAGGAUAAAGAGAGAGUGUUUGGUCACAUUGUUGAGAAAAUGACCCACAUACUGAGGGCUCGAGUUCCUGCGACAGUGCCCUGGGUUUGUGUCUUCCCACAGCCACCUUAUGCAUUUAAUUCAUCAGGUGACUGCAGAUCAGGAUGGUAGAGCAGCUCAUCUAAUAACUGGAAGGAUGAGUUGAUCCAUGGCUGCUCCGAUCUGCAUGCCAAGUAUCCUUGGACAAGAUACUGAACCUCAAGUUGUGAAUCUUGGAUAGAAGACUGCGUGAUAUUUCACUUCUGUGUUGCGUGACUUUAUGGAUGCUUUAUUUGUCGUGUUUUUUUCAGUCCUUAAGGCUUUUGGUGGAGCAUUGUCUUCUCUGAGAUGUGUGUGCUGCUUGUUGUGUCUUCAGGAUGAGGGAGAAAAAAAGGCUGAGGCAGUGGCUACAGUGGUGGCCGCUGUUGACCUUGCUCGUGUCCUCAAGCCUGUGCAUGGGGAGGGUGUUCGGAAAGAGGAAGAGGAGGAUGUGGAGUUGAGGAUAAAGCAACAGGCGGCAGCAACUGCAGAGAAACAAGUUAUUGCAACAAAAACACUUCCUACUGAGCCUGCUGUGUCUGCAGAGCAGCACAGAGUCCAGGUCUCUCAGAUUCAGAGAACAACAGAAAUCUUCUCCUGUGUGGACACUGGUGUCGUCCAGCCCCCAGUUCCACAUUUCACAGUUUCUAAAGUUUCUGUUCCUAAACAUGAACCUAGACAUGAGGUGUCCCUUGCUGGCUCUGCCAUCGCUACACUGCACAAAGAGCUAUCCUCCCCUUCAACCCCCAGAAAGAUCAUCAAGCCAGUCAAAUCUCCCAGUCCGUCUCGACAGGCGGCGGUGGAGGUUCAUGUGAUACCUGAGCCCUUCCCACCACCGUUCAGAGAUGUGCGAUAUAAGACUCAACUUGACAGCAGAGGCGCUUAUGCGUUUAGUGAGGAAGAAUUUGAGGAAUGGGAGCCUCAGGUUGGUCUGAUGUCCUCACUGCUAUCAUUCCUAUCGUUCCUCAACUUAAUCCUGUGUGGAUGUUCACCUGAGUUCUUCUACCUAUCUUAACGCAGCAGCAACUGAUAUGCUGCCUUUCACCUGCCUCAUGAAGAAUCCUCCUCCUCUUAUUCCUGUCUUUGCUGCUUCACCUUCAUCCCUCUGUCCUCUUUAUAUGGUUUUUUGUCUACUCUAACCUGUUUUCUCCCUUUAUUCUAACAGAACCCCAUACUUUGUUUUUUGGGGAACAAUUUUUUAAGUUGUCUUG